AUGGAGAACCAAACGAGCAACUUGUUCAAAUUUAACAUUUCACAGUUGCGAUUACCUAAAUCCGCCAAAUUAAGAUCAUUUGGAAUAUAUUUAGCUGGUGGAUUAUUCGCAAUUGGAUUUUGGUCUUUAAUUGAUUCAGCAAUCUAUAGUAAAACAAUAAAUGCUUCAGAUGUUCAUGUAACAUUCAUUGAUUGGAUCCCAUUUAUAUGUUCAUCAUUGGGGAUGUUAAUUGUGAACUCAAUUGAGAAAAACAAUUUAAUGAAUAAUAAUCAACAAGGUGGUGGAGUAUUUAAUGAUGAACAUAAUUAUAUAUGGGCAGCAAGAGUGAUAUUGUUUUUAGGGUUUAGUUUAUUAGCUGGUGGAUUAGCCGGUAGUUUUAUGGUUUUCAUCUUGAAAUAUUUGAUGAAACAUUAUACUUUCCCAACAUUAGGAAUGGGGGUAUCGAAUAUCGUUGGUAAUGGAUGUGUCAUGUUGAGUUGCAUUGUUUUAUGGUUAUCUCAAAAUAUUGAAGAUGAAUAUAGUUAUAGCUUAGCUUUAUAA